AUGGCACGAGAGGGCCGGGUCGAUGGCCUGCUUGGCCUUUUGAGUUUAUGUGGUUAUACACCUCAGUACAGAGCUUUGAAUGCAUUGAAAAGCGAGCUUGGAGCCUUGGACGCAACAGCAGAGAAUUCUAGCAAGUGUUACCUCGAUGUUGUUGCUUUCCCGUGCAACCAAUUUGGAUACCAAGAACCAUCUGAGAACUUCGAGUUGUUGAACACACUGAAGCACGUCCGGCCCGGGUAUGGAUUCGUUCCGAAUUUCCCAUUGACCGGGAAGCUUUUAGUCAACGGCCAGAGUGAAAGCCCUAUAUUCACUUUUUUGAAGGCCCGAUGUCCAUCUCCCUUCGGUUUGAUAGCAAACCGUAGCGAUAUCACAUGGACACCGAUAAGAAACAACGAUGUAUCAUGGAACUUCUCAAAGUGGCUUAUCGACCAUAAUGGCCAGCCUUUUAGACGAUACACGCCACGAACAGAGCCAAGACUGAUACAGGAAGAUAUCAAGGAGCUGUUAAGAGCUUGCGAGGAAGAGAAACAAGGAGUUGUCAAACAGCAGCAACAACAGCAGCAACAAAACGCAACUGCACCUGCAAACGCCACCGAGACACGCAACCUGCAAGGGAAGCCACGGGCAAGGAGGACACUCAUUCACAACUAGUUGAAAGUUACCCAACUUUGUCUUUAUGCUGAAUUUGACUCUUUGCUAAAAUAACCCUAUUUUCCAAGCAACAGGCCCAGGGGCGGACUGGCAACAAAAACUGUUGAAAUUUCAAGUAAAUAAUGUUUAGUUUGCGUGUAUAGCUCAUAAAACACGUCACAGUCCGUCCCUGGAUUAAUAAAUGGUAUAUCGAUUAAAGGCAGUUACUAUACAUAUUAUGCGUUUAAGGCAUUAAGUACAGUAAGCUUUAUAAGUUAUGCACUAGAACCUAGGAAUCCACAACAGUGUCUGGCAAUCUCAUUGCCUAUCGCACAAUACACUUUGUGGCUAAUAACAAUGCAGUAAGAUAAAUAAAAACCCACUAAUUGAGAACUUAUAUGGCACAAAAUUAUAACUUGACUUCCCUUUAACCAGUCAUACAUCAGAUUGCAUAUCUACGUAAACGUUGCUAUGCAAAUCAAAUAUAAACACCAAUUCCUAUUAAGGUAAAAUCCUAAAGGCCAGCUUCAAAAACUGAUUUGCUCACUGUUUUAGUUGUAAACGAUUUUCCUUUAUCAAGAGGUUAUGAUAGAGUAAUCUAAAACCGUUGCUACGUAGGUUGGUUGCUCUUGAAAUGUUGCAAGCUUCGAUUAGAUCUUUAAUGCAUUCAAUCAGAUUGAAGCAUUGCAGCACUGCUCUUGGCAUUGAUUAAUCAUAUACAACAAAAUGGUGGCACAAAAGCAGUGAAGUUGGAAACAUA